AUGAAGUACGUCGCCAUCCUUGCUUCUCUUCUCGCCGCCUCCAACAUUGUCUUCGCCGCUCCCGGUGGUUACUCUUACCCCAAGGACGACGAAUGCACCACCACCACCACUGAAGAAUGCUGUGAACCGACCACUGUGACCAAGGAGACCGAGAUCUACGUCACCUGCUACUACACCGAGUGCGUCUACAGCACCUGUUACGAGGACGUGACCUGCACCGAAUAUGACUACAAGACCCUCUAUUCUACUUGUUACGACACCACGACGGAGACUUGCUACGAGACCGCGACCUGCACCGAUACGUCUACCACGGAGGUCUGCAAGACUCCUUAUUUGUCCUACUGGUACGACGACACGGAAUCCUGCAGCUCUAGCUCCACUGUCUACCCUUGCUCCUACUCUUGCGAUGCCUCUACGGUCUGGUCAACUUGCUACGAAACCUCUACUUGUGAGACAACCGAAUACUGCACCGAGACCUACACCGAUUAUUACACCGCUGAUGGCACCACUUGUUACGAGACCUGCACCGUCACCGACUACGAGCCCUGCUACACUACGGAGACUUGCUACGAGACCUGUUACGAGACCAAGUACGAUGAGUACACCUCUAUGUGCACCGUCUACGAGACCUGCAGCGUCCCCUACACGACUACCGAGUACUGCUACUACACUGAGCCUGCCUGCACUGAGACCGUCACUGAGACUUGCAUCACCACCGAGUACAAGCCCGUUACGUCUGUCUGCACGACCACGGAGAAGUGCACUGUCACAAUCACUGAGGACUGCUGCGACGAGACCCCCGCCCCCAAGAAGGGCUGGUAA